UAUGUUGUGUAAUUUGUUAGAUAUAAAUUGUAAGAUAUUACUGAACUGUCGGAGCAAAAACACAAGCAUUUCGCCACACCCGCAAUAACAUCUGCUAAGCAUGUGUAUGUGACCAAUAGAAUUUGAUUUGGAUUUGUCUGAAUACUGUCUGAAUGCACUGUAUGUGCCUUGGUCUUCCAGGAAGAGCAGAAAUGCCUUGCCAAUGUCACACUCAGCCUAAUAUAAGUCUAGGGUUUCUAUACAAAUCGAUCUGAAGUUUACAAUUUCAACUUCAUCAAAUGCAAGUAUCAUUGACAAAGCCAACACCAUUCCUUUACCAACCAGCAUCCAAGCAGAGCCAUUAUUCUCACCCAUUAUCUGAGCAAAAACAUUCUGGAGUGCUGUCUAAAUGCCACAGAUCAGUGAUGAAACGGUAGGCCUAUGUCCUCCUUCCAUGAAAAUGCUCAUUGUCAUCACUGAGGAUAUUGUUCGUAUUUUACUGUAUAUUUUAGGUCCAGUGUCUCUGUUUUGAUUCACAGAUGACAGAUGCUUACUGAACAAAACUGCUGGUACCCCCUGCUGCUACGCUGCUCUAGUUGGCUGACUAGAUAUGUACAGGCUGACACAUCUAGCAACACCUCCAGGUGUGCUUAUGAGGUUAGUCCGGUAAAAGACCUGUCAAUCACUCUGUAUAUUAAUACAGGAUUACAUUCAUUGUCAAUCACGAAGGAACACAUACCUAUCUGCCACGGACCUUCGAGGUAGCAAGGUGGUCAGUUAGUGGUGUGUAGGAGUUUAAGUCGACAUUUUCUUUUUAACUGUUUAUAUUUUGCAGCUGCACACCAAAGACAACAGAAACAACAAAAAGGAACUGUGAAAUGAAGGCAUUGUCUGCAUCUUGAUAAGAGGAUUUCUAACCAACAAGGAGACUACUCAAUAAUUGACUUUUGUAAAAGAUGUUCCCCUGGUCAGCAGUGUUUUCUCUGGAGCCGAAAGUGCCUGGACAGCGUACGGCAGAAGAACUAGUCACCAACACCCUGAUGCUGGAGCUGGGUGCCAUGGUGAAACGCACCGAACGUAUCCGCCUGGAAAGGGUGACAAAAGAGGGCCGGCGCCGGCGCAGCUCUUCCUCCGCUGACUACAGCUGGCUGGCCACUGCCCCCACCCACCAACCCUAUGAGCUGACCCCCCGAGACCUGAUAGAACUGCAGGACCUGUGUGCCAGGGUGCCACCGUCUCAGUGUGGCCCUGUCAUUGUUAGGUUCAGAAAUCUGGUGACGGAGAUUGAGCCGGAGGUUCACGAGGUGGCUCGUCUGUUCCGCACGGUUCUACGUGACUGUGUGGAGGGAGAAGAGGAGAACGAGGAGAUGAGGAUGAGGUCAGCCGGCUGGGACAAACAACGCAGCAAGAGCCUCUCCUUUGUAACCUUCCGCUCCAAGUUCCGCCCUGCUCCCUUCAGGGGUGGGGGCCUGGGCGGGUCACGUGGCAACCUGCAGGAGGAGUCGAGCUGGUACGAGGAAGACGAGGUGGAGCAGCAGGAGGGAGCAGCAAACGUGGCGAGAGCGGCCAGGAAGGGGAGGAGCAUGAGCAUGCCUGAUAUCACCCCCAUCGAACAGAGUGCACUUGGCUGAGGGAGGGAUGGAGAAAGAGAAUAGGAGAUGAGAUUGAUAGGGGAGAAGGUCAAGAUGAGAUGCAACAUGAGGACAGCUCACACCUCAGCAGAUUUCCACUGACUGUUUAGACAUAAUGCAGUUACAUAUGCAAGAGUAGAAUUGCAAGCUUAGCCAGCAGAUAUACAAUACUAUUUUGUUUUUUUAUUGUGAAAUACAUUUUCCGAAUGCGUUAACACUUGAAAUGCAUGUAAAAUGAACUAGAAAAUACAAUACAGGUCUUAUUUUCCAACAGAUCCUUGAUAAUAAAUUCGUUUGUGUGGAUUAUUGUGGGGCCAUUACUGCAUAGCUUAGAUCCAGUCCUUUGGUUGGCAUGGUUGCUCUAUAACAAUUCAUUAUAUCAAUAUUCUAUAAUCCUCUUACUCAGUAAAGAAUUACAGUCCUUUGCACAA